CGAAAGGGCGGAUGUUGCGUAAUAUUCGUGCGCUGGUUUGUUGUUGAUGGUUGAUGCCGUUAUGUGAAGUGAUUUUGACGUUUUAAUUCUUGUUGUGUCAUUUACAUUGAAGGAUUUGAACUCAACCGUAUCCAUAUAUCCAAACUGCGCUGUGACGUCAAAGCAGGCAUUCAGACUGAAGAUGGGCAUCAUCUCCCUCUUGAUCAGUUCAUCUCUCCUUGCUGUGUGUGUUAUCGGCCAAACUACAGACAUUGAAGAGCUUGCCACCAAGAAUGCAGACUUUGCUACCCGGCUUUACAGCAUUGUUUCCAGUACAAGUGAUGACAAUGUAGUGGUUUCAACCUUCGGGGCAACUUUGGCUCUUGCCACACUAGCAGUAGGGGCCGGUGGGACCUCUAGUACUGAGCUUUUACAGGGCAUAGGUGUGGAGAAAGAUAGAGAAAUCCUACUUCAGCAGCUUAGAGAGACCACUGCUCAGAUCCAGGCCACCGGGCUCUUCACUAGCCAGCAGGUAGAGGCAAAUGCCGACUUCAGCACCAGGGUUAAGCAGUUUUAUAAUGCAAAUGUUCAAAAUCUGAAUUAUGCCAAUGGGGUGAUGGCCAAAGGGAGCAUCAAUGAUUAUGUAAGAGGCCGAACGGGGGGUAAAAUCAUUGAUAUGGUGGACAGUGUCGAUCCACAAACCAUGGCCAUGUUAAUAAGCGCUGCUUACUUCACAGGCCAGUGGCAGCAACCUUUCAACGCUAGCAACACCCAAGAAGAGCGUUUCUAUGUCAACAAGUAUACCAUUGUGCAAGUGCCCAUGAUGUUUCGCUCGGAUAAAUAUUACCUGGCCUACGACCCCACCCUGAAGGUUGGCAUUCUGAAACUGCCUUGUGAAGAUGGCACGGCCAUGCUCGUCCUUCUCCCAAAUGAAGAUGUGGAUUACACCCACAUUGAAGAAAGCAUAACUGGUCACGUAUUUCGCGGAUGGGUUGCGAAGCUGAAAAAGACGAAGUUGGAGGUUCAGCUGCCCAGAUUUUCACUUCAGCAGUCCAACUCGCUCAAGAUGAGUCUGGCCAGCCUGGGCAUUAAAGAGGUGUUUGAGAGCGGUGCAGAUCUGUCUGGAAUCAGCAGUGCAGAAGGCCUAAAACUGUCAGAGGUAGUACAGAAGGUCGCCUUUGAUGUGGAUGAGACCGGAGGCUCAUCGGGCUAUGCCUUCAACAAUUUCUUCACAACUCUUCCUCCGAGGCUCACUUUCAACCGACCAUUCAUUUUCAUCGUCUACCACGAAGCUACUAAAUGUAUUCUCUACAUAGGACGUGUCGUCGACCCAACAAAGAACUAAUUAUGUACUCGACUGUGCUGAAAUUUGGGAUCAUAACAACUAGUCCUAUUAAGCAAAUCAGUAUUAAGAAAGCAAUCGUAUAAAAUCCUAUACAAAUAUCUGUCAGUGAUUCCCAACCACAGGAGCGUCAGGCUACUUGUGCAAAUAUAUAAAGCUAAAAUUAUGAUUUUUAAUGGGUUAAAUACAUUAAUAAAUUCACACUUAGGUUUUUCUCCAUGAUCAGCAACAAGCUUGAUUGUUUCAUUAAAGCAACACUUUGUAGUUUUUCGACCUUAAAAUAAUGUGUCAUAAAUUAUUUCAGUGGUAGAACAACUCUUAACCGGAUGAACUCUACUGUCACUGCUACACGAACAGCCUCCUAGAGGUGACAAGUACACUCAGAAAGUUCUGUGUUCGAGCCAGUACAAACAGCCCCGCCCAUCCCCUGUCUGCUUAAGACUGCGAUUUGGUUUCCAAACGACGUUUCUGUUUUCGUCAGUUCCGUCAGCUUAGUAAACAAAUUCACGUGUUUUGUGCUGCCAACGGGGAAGCUUAUACAUGGACAUUAUUUACGUAACUGGUAACAGACUAUUGAGCUUAUCAAGCACAAGUGGGCGCCAUAAGCAAAAGUUCUGUAGUGCUGCUUUAAAAGAAUCUACUUGGUGAGUCUUUUCUCCCAGUUUUAAUUUGUAAUCAUUUUAUUAGUCUUUAAUGGUAAUAUUUGACCAGUUAAAUUAAUAUUGCUCAAGCGAUAUUUAAUAUAUGUUACAGUUAAGCACAAAAUUAAAUGUCUGGCAGUGUUAGGGAUUGCAAGCCAGGUACCACUCGCUUUUAUUGUAUAGAUAAGUGUCUACAUUCUUCCGAUUUUCUCCCUUUGUGUUCCACGGAGGGAAGAAAUUUAUAAAUAUUUGAAAUAACACAUGGGUGAGUACAUAACAGAAUUUUCAUUAUCGGGUACUAUGCCUUUAAGAACACAUCCUUGUGUUUUGAGUCAGAGUGGUUGGGAAACACUGUCCUAUGUCCAUUCCUCACCAUUUGCUUGGAUAUCAAACCUUAAUUCAUCUGCAAAAUGUACUUUCAGUGGACUAAUUUAAAGUAAAAACUAUUAAAGUAAUAUAGUAAUGGAUUAUAAACAUUAUUAAUCUACAAAUGAUUUAGAUUGCAAGUGUCUGUUAGGGAAAAAACUGUACGUUUAUAGUGUUUGCUUAAGUGGUUAAUUUAUGAUGUUUAUUGAUGGAGUUACCUACACAGUAUUUUACAUGUCAUGUUUCAUGUUUGUUUGUGCGUGUAGAAAUCUGCCUUCUUGUAAGUAUUAGCACGUGUACAGGGUGUUCCAACUGCAACUCAUUAAAAACAUCAUAUUC